AUGAAAAUGAUUUUUGUUUUGUAAGUAGUCUGGGCCACCAUUUCAUAUGACUCCAACACAUUUACUAAAUUUGCAUAUUAAUAUAGCGGAGGAAGUAGGUGUAAUCCUCCUGCAUAAAAAUAAGAAACUGUUUAUUUCUCAGAUGUAUUUGCAAGGCCCCCAAAAAUUCUUAUAAACACUAUAUUGAUGGACACAAAUCAUCCAUUUGUUAAUUACACUUUUUCUAUUACCACUGUUACAACACAAAGUAUAUCAUUAACGAAAACUUAGGCUUUACUUUUAAUCUCGAAUGUUUUCUAGGAACUAUAUUUGGACCUGUAUAUGGUAUUGUGUUGAAAUGGUUAGCUAUAGAUGAUGAAAGAAUUUAAAUCAUAAAUGAGUUUAACAUGUAUUCUUUUGAGAACAAAACAUAUCCUCUAGUCAACUCAAAUGCAGAAACGGUAUUCAUAUCUUUGAUAAAUUUUUCCUAUCAGGGUCCAGUUUACUUUGAUAUCCUAGUACUUUAUUUAAUUAUCAAUUAGGCUUCUGAACUAACAAAAACCAGCGUGUCUGUUACCAUAACUGAUCCAAAUAAUACCUUAUCAAACUUACUAUUUUUGGGAUAUUAAGUGAUUCUAGGAGUAAAAGAAGCCAUUACUAUAAUUGAUGUUAUUAAAACAACUGCUAUUUAUACAAGUCCUAAAUAUGUUACUUAAGAGAAUUCAUGGCUUAUUACUCCAUUUGUUGGAUUUUAUUAUAAUGUUAAUGAUAAUGUUAGAUUGAAUUUCACUUAAUACUAAGAUUAAUAAAAAAUAUGGUACACUAUCGAAUCUAUUUACGGUAUAAUGAAUCUUAUGAUUUUAAGGUUUUCAAUAUUAUACACCAUAAACUCAUCAGCCGACUUGGAUAAUGUAUUAAUUUAAAACCGUAUUCACAGCCGUAGACUGUAUAACUAUAAGGAUUACAUAAAUAAAGGAAAAAUUAGCGGAAUUUAGAAACUCUUUUGAAGUAGAAAUUAUGGAAACUCAACAAAUAGUAAGAAAUUUGGGUACAACUAACUUAGCAAUAGACAAAAAUUAUUAGCUAAUAAAUUUAAAGGUUUAUGCAAGAUGUUUUUAGUUAAAGAAAAUAUAAAGUUACUUUAAUAAAUGCUAUGGAUGUUUACCAUAAAAAACGAACUAAUUUUCACAUAAUUGCUAUGGUGCUAUCAAUACAAUUAAUUACUCAGUUAAAUUACUUCCUACAAUAUAGGCCAAUCAAGAAUUAAUAAUAAUACUCUCAAAUUUGGACUGUUAAAUCUAUUAAAAAUUAUUCAAUUAAGUGGUUACCUAAGUUAAACUAAUUGAAAUCAAAUAAGUUGAUAUUUGA